AUGGCUUUGUGGUACCUUGUUCCCAUCAUCUCUGUUGUGUCCUCCUCUUGGGGGGGAGUUGAGGGCUUCGGUAAGAACCAGGGCGGAGCUACCGCUGUCCCUGCUGGCCGGGCAGUAACGAUUGGUGAAUUGGAUUCAGUUAUGAAUAACAUAAGAAACGGCGUAGAUGCAGGAGCUGUCAUUGCUUCAGGUCCUCUGCCUCUCCCCUCAUCGAAGGGUAACAACAGCGUCUUAGUAUCGAGAGGGGCAUUCACUCCUACUGUUGCAAGCAGCAGCACCCCAGCCACCGUCAGCACUCCUCUCCCCUCAUCGAAGGGUAACAACAGUGUCUUAGUAUCGAGAGGGGCAUUCACUCCUACUGUUGCAAGCAGCAGCACCCCAGCCACCGUCAGCACCUUCGGCCGCAGCAGCUCCUUCAGCAACGGAAAAGGCGGCAUCAGCAGCACCCCCGCAACCGUCAGCACAUUCGGUCGCAGCAGCAGCCCUAUGAGCAAUGGAAAGGGCGGUAGCAGCAGCAGCGGAUACAGCCGCAGCAGCAACGGCAGCAGCAACGGGAAUGGAGGCAGCAGCAGCAACGGGAAUGGUGGUGGCAUCAGUACCUUUGGCCGCAGCAUACCAAAUGGUGGUGGUGUUGCUCCUGCUUCUUCUGCUCCCUCAAAGAACCUACCCCCAUGCAAAGGCUGCAACAACAACUACUAUCCACAGAACGACAAUGUUGUUGAUGAUGGUGUUACUGAUCUAGAAAUUAUUGUUAGAGAUCCAUUUAACCCAGAUUCUAUUCUCGUCGAUGAAACUAUCAUCGUAGAAAACAACGCCGCAGGCUCUAUUCUUAAUGAAAUCGCGCAAGUACCCAUGGCUGUUUCAUCAUGUAAGGAAUAA